AAAUUUAAAUUACGCAUCAUUUAGUAAAACGUAUAUAUAAUACUUUAAAUUCAGUCAAAGGCGAAUAGAGAGCGCAGUCAAAAUGUCAACGGAGGCGGCACUACUCACUCCAGAUAUCAAGGACACAAGUGAAAAUGCAGAAAGCACUGACGUCAAUAAUGAGGAUUAUGUGGACAUGACUUUUACAAAGGAAGUGCGUCAAGCGACAAAGGAUGUGCACAAGUUAACGGAUGUAUUAGUCAAUGCUAAAUUUGCAAUUGCUCUAUCUGAUGAUGAGGUCUGGUACGAUGGCCUUUUGGUCUUCUACGAAUUAUAUAAAUUUUUUGAAACGCAUUUGCCAGAAAAUCUGCUACCCAAAGAGUUGCAUCGCGUCGCUGCGUUUGAGCGUGACUUUGCUUAUUUCUAUGGCGCCGAUUGGAAGAAUUCCUAUGAGCCGCGUCCAGCUGUCAAGGAAUAUUUGGCUCACCUGGAAAAGGUGGCGGCCAAAAGCCAGGUGCUACUCUUUGCCUUUGCUUUUCAAAUGUACAUGGCUCUGAUGUCUGGCGGGCAGCUGUUGCAAAAGAAGCGCAUGAUUGCACGCAAGCUCUGGAUCUUUCCCAAAGACAACGCCGAACAGGAGGAGCAGCAAAAGCAAGCCGAAGCAGAUGCUGCCGCGGCAACAGCCAAAGCAGCAGCCACCGCUGCAGACGAUGGCAUUACUGAAAAUGAUCUUCGUGCACGGCCGAUGCCGGUGCAGGUAACCAUCUCCCAAGUGGGCUGCGAGGCGACAUAUUUUCCUGUCCGUAUAGCCACACUGAAAAUCAAGCUGCGUCGCAUUUUCAACGAAGUCUAUGGUAAACUGAAUGAAGAGGAGCGUGCCGAGUACAUUGAAGAGAGUCGCAACGUCUUUCGCAUGAAUAUUAAAUUGUUGCGCACAGUCAAAGGCGUGAAUCGUGCUAAUCUGAAGAAGUUAGCCAUUGCGGUUGUUUUUAUAGCCGGUAUUUAUGUGGCUAUCAAAUUAGCUGUGAAGUGAUAUGUUAUUUUAAAAUGUGUUUUUUAAUGUU